UCUGGGGCCGCAGUCUGGAUAGAUAGGGCGGGGGUUCAGCCAGGGCUCCCUAUUGGCUCCCGCGUGGGCCCUUAGAUUUUCUAUAAAGAGCUGCUGCAGAAAGCGCGGCAGGCACAGGCUGGGGCUGCUAGUGGCAGCGCAUGGCUCCGCCCUGCUCACAGCGUCAGCUGGACUUGGACCUCCAGAUUUACCGACUGAUUGAAGGCAAGAGAAAUUGAGUCGGAGAGACCCGGCACUACGCAGAGGAGAAGCAACGCUGGAGGUCUCGAGGUCAGAAUAGGCACUGCGUGCGCUCUCCAAACAGGCGGAGCAUUUGGAGUCAGCAGCGUUCGCCCAUCCCAAAUUCAGCUGCCCUGCUCAGCUCUACGCAUUUGCCCACUUCAUUUCUUCUUGCUGGUUCACAGCGCUUCUUCCCCCUUCCCCACUUCCACUAUAGAGAAUAUCUUAGCUCAGCGCUCCAGCUCACUGAGCUGAGCUUGCCUAGCUCUUCAUUGAGGGCCUCAUCUACCCAUUGCACUUCCCCAGGCAAUCCCAGACUUAAUAGCUUAAGGACCUGAGGGUCCAUCAAAGGCAUCAAUCUGGAGGCCCCUACCAUAGAUUCGCCCCAAAGGGCAUUUACAGACUCUGGCACCAUGAACUAUGGAGACGAGCUGACCCCUGAAGCUCUGAGUGUGCCUAGCGGCUUUGAUGACCUGAUCACCACCACCACCUCCCAGGUGCUGCAAGCCAUGUGCAGUGCCGCAUCUGCGAUUGGUCGAGCUGGCCGAGAUAGCGUGCUCUCCAUGAUGGAUAAGCUGCCAGACCACGUGUCAGACAUGGGUGACCCGGACGACCUGUCGGGUCCUCUAACUUCAGAAAUAGUGUUCCAGGACGAGCAGGUACACUUCUGGCUAGUGAUAGGAUACACCAUAGUGGUCUUUGCUGCUAUCCUAGGCAACUGGGUCUUAAACCGCGUAAUUAUGAAGUACAAGAGGGUGCACACAGCCAGUGGCCUCUUCGUUGUCAACAUUUCUGUGACCAACAUGAUGCUCGCUCUUCUCAGCUCCCCUUUCACCCUGGUGCGCUAUCUUUGUAAUUCCUUGGUGUUUGGGAAGAUGACAUGCCACCUCAGUUGCUUUGCCCAGUACUCUUGUGCCUAUGUAACUGUGAUGACCAUGGCUGCUAUUUCCUUGGACCGACGUCGGGUGAUGCUAUAUCCCCUAAAGUCCCAUAUUACUCUGAUGCAAGGCAAUGUUUGCAUCAUUAUCAUUUGGAUUGUGAGCACCUGUGCUGCUUUGCCACAUGCCAUUUAUCAGAAGCUUUACCAGGUGAAAAUUGGAAACAUUACGAAAGAAACUGCCUGCCUCCCAAGUUACCCAUAUACUUCAAAAUCCAUGUGGAAAUACCUUGACCUGAGCACCUUUUUGCUCUUCUUCAUCUUGCCACUGAUGGUACUGGUGGUCGUCUACGGUCAUGUGGCGAAGAAGCUGUGGUACCACAAUGCUGUUGAUGACAUCAACAUCCACACUUACAUCUGCCAGCGUGGGAAGAAGAAGCAGACCCUGAAGAUGCUGAUAACAGUGGUGGUUGUCUACGUAGUCAGCUGGCUGCCCCUCAACCUCUACCUGCUGUUGCUAUCCAGUGAGUCAAUUUCAAGCCAUAAUGGUCUCUAUUUUUUCUUUCACUGGCUGGCAAUUAGCAGCUCCUGCUACAACCCCUACAUUUACUGCUGGCUCAGCGACAGUUUCCGUAUUGAAGUUCAGAAGGUCAUCGUGGAAGUCCGAAGGAUGCUGCUAUACAGAAUCAGCCGCCUGAGAGGGGAGCACCACCAACUAAGGAAUGCCUCACCUACUUACCGUCCUGCCUGGGUUGAUCCUAAUCCUGGUGUACCCAAAUUCCCCAGAUUCAAAGAUUUUGAUGAGCUACCCAGUCCCCCUCCCUCCCCAGCAGUGGAAAUCUCCUUUCUUUACCCUCCAAUGCCUAGAGUUUAAGCUGCCCAGACCGCGAUCAUUUUCUAUCCUCAAAAAUACCUGAGAUAGGAUAGGACUAAACUGACUAGAAUUCAUUAAUUUCUCAUGGGGGAGGGUCCGGUACUUGAGUGGUAGGGGCCAUGUGAACCACCGUGUCUCAUUAGCUGUUUCAUUAUUUCCCUGUCUUCUUUCAUAUUCCCCUUUCCUACUUUUAUUUUCAACACCAAGUACACUGAAGAUAUUAGAUAUCCAGAUGUAUCAGAUGUUUCUGUACUGCUGAAAGGAAAAUUUCACUCUGAUUUGAGGCUUCCUGAACUGCAUCUGUUUCUGUUUACCAAUGCCACUUUUCAUUCUUGUGUACCACCAGGCCAUGGCUCUUGUUCUCUGAUUACUGACAUUGCCUUGGGAGCUGUAAAAAUGCCUAGCAAUUAUUAAGUGGAUUUUAUUUAAGUGAAUAACAUGCUAAUCUCCUUAUCAUAUUUCUAGCAAAUUGCUAGGAGAGAAAAGUGUAGUUUUUGCAAUUCUUUCAGAAGCUAUGGAAACUUGAAGCACCUUGUAAGUGUAAGAAAAGACAAGCCCGCUAAAUGGUUUAACCCAGAUCCCCUGGGUUAUUUUCCCAGGUUGUUAUACACUAAUUUGAUGACUGCUUCCUUCUGUAUGUAAUGAAAACUGAAGUGCCCAAAUUAGCACUCCAAAAAUUUCUGCUUCUGCUGUACAUUUAGCAUCACACCUUGUUUCGUGUAAAUGUAUGCUAUUUAAUUUUUCCUUUUUUUUGAGAAAAGAGAAAAUGGAAUGUGUUGUUGUUUUAAUUAUUUUUAUCUUUUUAGCCUAUAAACUUUCCAACCUAGGAGGAGAGAUGAGGAGGAAGUAAUAUCGUGUCCUUCUCUUGCCACUACUUUUAUUCAGGAGACAAUAUUGUUCUCUUCUUUUCUUCUCCCUCUCCUUAUCCUCUCUUCUUCCUCCUCCUCUAAAUACCUCAUUACCUGCCUUCCCAUCUUUCAUCUCCUGCUUUCCUUUGUCCUUUUCAUAUCUUAUUUUCUGUUUUCCU